GUGGUCUCUUACGUGACGUACACGGAAGCGUCGUAGCUGUAUGGACGGUUCGGAUUUUUCUCGCUCUCCCUUUUGAACUUUACUGUUUGUUGUCGUUGUCCUGACCGAUAAGGGACACAUUUUUGGGCUCCAGCAAAGCGACCGGAUGUUUGUUUGACACCCAGCGAGCCCAGAGGACGAGACGGGGGCAGGAACGGCAGAAUGACCCCCAGCCGGAGGAGGCCUUGUUGUUUACUGCAGCGGUAAAUAAAUGAGUGCGGUUUCAUGACAGUUUACUACUGAAAGUGAUGGUGAGGAUACUGGGAACAUAAAUAUACUGUUACUGGUCAACAUGGAGGAGAAAUACAGCAGCAACGUUCUGUCAGGAGGAAAACUGGGAAUGGUGGAAGUUCCUGAUUCAAGGUUAACCAGAUACAUUGCUCUGCUGAUCCUCUCGAAGAUCCUGAAAGCUUUAGGUAUCUUUGAAUCGUACGACAUCCUCAAAGUCGUUCAUAUAGUUCAGUUCAUCUUCAUAUUAAAGUUAGGGAGUGCUGUUAUUCUGCUUGUGUUUCAAAAACCAUUUUCAUCUGGAAAAGGAAUCUCCAAGCGGCAGUGGAUAAAGUUAGUGAAACACGCCAUCCUCAGCUGUGUUAUAUCCCUCCUGGGCUUCUUUGGUCUGACUCUUUGUGGACCUUUAAGGACUCUGCUGUUGUUCGAGCACAGUGACAUGGUGGUCCUCGCUCUGCUCGCGGUUCUCUUCACCAACUCAGGAGGGGGGCCAUCCAAGACCAGAGGUGCUGCUUUUUUCAUCAUCGCUGUGAUCUGCCUCCUGCUCUUCGAUAAUGAUCAUCUGAUGGCGAAGAUGGGAGAUCAUCACCCUGAGGGACACCAUGACAGCGCGCUCACACACUUCCUCUACACGACCAUUUCACUGUUAGGAGUCGCAGAUCAUAAAGGCGGUGUUGUGCUGCUGGUGGUCUCGCUCUGCCUGAAGGUGGGCUUCCACACAGCCUCUCGGAAAUUAUCUGUGGAAAUUGGUGGAGCUAAACGACUCUACGCCCUGGACAACCUGGUUUCUGCUGUGGUGCUGCUGCCCUGGGUGGUUGUCCUGUCAGCAACCACUGAGAGCAAAGUUGACUCCUGGUCUUCGCUCAUCUUCCCGUUUGGGAUGAUCAUCUUCUCUGUCAUGAUCCUGGAGUUUUACGUCGAAGCCGUCUGCACCGCUAAGAUGGAGGCGCCCAGGUGCGCCCGCUACGGCGCCUUUGCCCUCUUCCUGAGCGCGCUGAUGCUGGCUAAUUUCUGGACUCACCCGCUGACGGAUCAGCUCCGCUCCAUGAGCAAACCACCGCAGCAGGUCAGCACGGAGCAUGUGCUCUCCGGUGGAGUGAUAGUCAGCUCCGUGUUCUUCAUCAUGGCAUCCAGUAUUCUCUCAUCUCCAUCGAACAAGGGGCAGAAAGGGACCUUGGUGGGUUAUUCUCCUGAAGGGACCCCUCUGUACAACUUCAUGGGGGACGCCCUGCAGCACACAUCACAGUCUCUCCCACGAUUCAUCAAAGAUUCACUGAAACAAAUCCUGGAGGAGUACGACUCCAGGCAAAUCUUCUACUUCCUGUGUCUGAACCUGGCUUUCACGUUUGUGGAGCUUUUUUACGGCGUUUGGACCAACAGCCUGGGACUCAUCUCUGAUGGCUUCCACAUGCUGUUCGACUGCUCUGCUCUAGUUCUCGGCCUGUUCGCUGCCCUCAUGACGCGCUGGAAGGCCACCAGGAUCUUCUCCUACGGGUACGGUCGAGUGGAGAUCCUGUCUGGAUUCAUCAACGGCCUGUUCCUGAUGGUCAUUGCCUUCUUCGUGUUUGUGGAAUCAGUCACCCGUCUGCUGGAUCCUCCCAACAUAAACACGGACAUGCUAACUCCGGUGUCUGUCGGAGGUUUGCUGGUCAACUUGGUGGGAAUCUGCGCUUUCAGUCACGCCCACUCCCACGGAGGGAAAAGCUGCCCUUCACACGACCACGGACACUCGCAUCACGGCCACUCCCACGGCGAGCACAGCCACGGGGGUCACGGCCACUCUCAUGGCGGACACGGUCACUCCCACGGCUCAGGUAGCAGAGGCAUGAACGCCAACAUGAGAGGGGUUUACCUCCAUGUUCUGGCGGACACGUUGGGCAGCGUUGGAGUGAUCAUAUCAACGAUCCUCAUCCGGCAGUUCGGGUGGUUGAUCGCUGAUCCGAUUUGCUCGCUCUUCAUCGCCACGCUCAUUUUUCUCAGCGUCAUCCCUUUACUGAAGGACGCCUGCGAGGUUCUCCUUCUACGAACUCCUCCGGAACAUGAGAAGGACCUAAACAGUGCGCUGGAAAAGAUCGAGAAGAUUGAAGGAGUUUUGUCGUACAGAGACCCUCAUUUCUGGAGGCAUUCGGCCAGCGUGGUCGCUGGGACCAUUCACCUGCAGGUCAUGUCGGAUGUGGUGGAACAACGGAUCAUCCAGCAGGUGACGGCCAUCUUGAAAGACGCGGGGGUGAAUAAUCUGUCGGUCCAGGUGGAAAAGGAGGCAUACUUCCAGCACAUGUCUGGCCUCAGUGCCGGGUUUCAGGACGUUCUGGCAAUGACCCGGCAGAUGGCAUUGAUGAAAUACCCCAACGAUGGGACUCUUAUCAUGUAACACGCCCAGAGAAAGACCAAAUGAUGCUCUGAAUGCUCCUCUGACUCAUUUUUCACAAAUGUACAGAUGUAUAAUGUUUAAAUAAAUAUGAAUAUAAUGGU